AUGAAGCGAGACCACCGAGCUUUGAAUUUGACUGUCGCUACACCGAACACUAGGAAUAAGUGGGGGAGCCAGAACUACCGUUCAAACAACCGGGAUAUCUCAAACUUCAACUACGCGUCACCUACUGUCGUUCCUCCACCUUCCGCAAUACCCACCAUCGGUUCUAUGAACAGCGACGAUAGUACUCCUACUCUUACCACCAUCAAAAAGUCUCUACCGCCUCUUUCAUGCGCGGAUAAUGAUUCUGUUUACUCUCAAGAUAGCGCAUGCAUUAUCCUUCCACCAUCAAAAAAAGUCGCAGACGCCACUCCGAAGACUGCCUUGACAUUUGCCGCGAUCUGGGAUCCAGACGGUGGAUUCACGACCAUUUCAGGCAAUCAGUUGUUGAGUAAUAGUAACAAUGGGACAUCCAUAUACGGCGGCGGUGGUCUCGUUGACGACGAUGAAGAAUAUGGAAAUGGACAUCCGGAUUGCGAACCUCAUCUCCCCUCACGGUUUUCCGUAACCACAACGUCAACGUCCAACUACAUCAAUGUCGAUUUUGGAGAGGAAGAUCGUGAAGGCUGGAGUUGGACUGCAGGAAAAACUAUGGACCCGUCCCGUUCCACCUCAGACUACCUUCGUCCUGGAGACCUUCAUCCCGCCUGGGUUCCUCAAAUAUUCAAUGCUGGUUAUACGAAACCGAAAUCAUCAUCCCGUGCAUCGCCACUUAAACGUCCCGAGAUUUCGGGACCAUUCCAGCUCACGAGUUCUACGGCGUUGCCGACAGCGGUGAAGAGUGUUCAGAACGCGAACCAUUACGGGUUUGAGUAUGAGCGUCUGCCGCCUCCGCCUCCGUCACACCUACAACAACUUCCACCACGACCGCAACCACACCCGCUUGUUCGAAGAACCUCAUCCGGAAAUCAGCCUCGUUCGGGAAAUCUAUCUCGAAGCGCUACGGCUUCUCCAACUGGCUUGAAGAGAGCGAGGCUUCCUUCGGUGUUUGGGAAGCUUAAGAGGAGCCCUACUACUGGUCACAUUCCCCCUCCUUCCUCGUCAGCGUCCCCGCCGUUGCCGGAGGCUUAUGAGAACCCGAUAAGGCAGGGUUGGGUUGUCGUGGAUAUGUCGAAGAUGAAGAUAGCGCCGGGAGGGCGGGUAGUGCAUAAGGCGUCUACGUUGUAA